AUGGGUUUACCUUCUGAGAAAAUUCAUGCUUGCCCUAACGAUUGCAUGUUGUAUAGAGAUAAGAAUGAGUCGUUACAUUGUUUCUCAGUGUGUUAUUUUUCUGAUGCGGGAGAUGCCGAGAAGUUGACAUGGCAUUUUGAUGAUCUAGAAGGUGAUGGAAUGCUUAAACACCCUGCUGACUCCCCACAAUGGAAGUUUAUUGAUGGGAAAUUUCCUGAUUUUGCCAAAGAAAAGCGUAAUCUACGCCUUGCUUUGUCUACUGAUGGGUUCAAUCCAUUUGGCUCCUUGAGUAGCACUUACAGUACUUGGCCUGUUGUUUUUAUUACCUACAACUUAUCUCCCACACUUUGCAUGAAAAGAAGGUAUAUGAUGUUAUCAUUGUUGAUUUCUGGUCCAAGGCAGGCUGGUAAUGAUAUCGACGUGUAUUUGGCUCCUCUAAUCGAUGAUUUAAAGAUGCUCUGGGAAACAGGUGUAGAAGUGUUCGAUGCACAUGGAAAUGAGAAAUUCAAUUUGAAAGCAAUGUUCUUCUGCAUAAUUCAAGAUUUUCCAGCAUAUGGUAAUAUUUCUGGUUAUACAGUUUACGGGGAAGCAGCAUGCCCCAUAUGCAUGGAGCAAUUCAAGGGACAAUGGUUGUACGGAUCAGGAAAAUAUGUGUUUGAUAACCAUCGUGUAUUUCUGCCAUGUGAUCAUCACUAUCGAUACAUGAAAAAGGCCUUCAAUGGGGAACAAGAAUUUAGAGGGCGUCCUAAGUUCAUGUCUAGUGUAGAGGUGUUUGAAAAGAUAAAAGAUAUCCAGAUCAUAUUUGGGAAGAAACAUCAAAAUCUCUUCUUAAACAAGGGUUUAAGAAGUGAACUCCAUGCUGUUGAUAAGGAGAGGGGUCAGAAAUACUUGCCUCCUGCUGCCUAUACACUGUCCAGGAAAGAGAAAAUCGAGUUAUAUGAGAGCUUGGCAAGAGUUAAAGUGCCACAGGGGUAUUCUUCUAACAUUCGCAACCUUGUAAACAUGGAAACCUUGAAGCUUGUGGGCCUUAAGUCUCAUGAUUGUCAUGUCCUAAUGCAACAAUUGUUACCUGUGGCUAUUCGUUCAAUUCUGCCUAAAAAUGUUCGACAUGCCAUUAUCAGAUUGUGUUUAUUUUUUAAUGCCAUUUAUAGUAAAGUUAUUGAUCCUAAAGAUUUGAAAGCUUUGGAGGAUGAUAUUGUUAUAAUUCUAUGCCAAUUAGAGAUGUACUUUCCUCCAUGGUUUUUCGAUAUCAUGGUUCAUUUGACAGUUCACUUAGUAAGAGAGAUAAGGUUUUGUGGUCCGGUAUAUUUGAGAGCUCAAUGGGCUUUUGAAAGGAAAAUGAGAACAUACCAGGGAUAUGUCACAAAUGCUUAUCGACCUGAAGGUUGUAAUGCAGAACGACUUUUCUAUGAAGAAGUACUCGCGUAUGCUAGUGAGUUUCUGGUAAAUGCAAUGAAGAUAGGACUCCCAGUAUCUCGGCAUAGUGGAAGAAUGGAUGGUCAGGGGACCCUUGGUCGUAAACAACUUGAUAUGUCUUAUGACAAUUGGCACAAGGCACAUUCAUUUAUUUUGCAUAAUGAGGAUGAAGUUGCACCAUAUGUUGAAAGACACAUGAGAUACUUGAAGAAGUAUAAUCCACGGGCGAACCAGAAAGCAUUAGCCAAAAAACACAACAGGUCAUUCAUUGCUUGGUUCAAAGUUCAACAGUAG